AUGUCAACCCGACACACUGGAAAGCUUCUUGUAUGCACCUUCCUCUCACGCUAUUUGGAAAGAUCUCCAGUUUCCUUGUAUUACACAAAAAUCAAAACUCUCUGGGAUCAAUAUGAUUCCCUUGUUGCUUCCACUGAGGUAUGCAUUUGUGGUGCUGGGAAAUCUUUACUCGAGCGCCUGGAACGUGACAGAGCUAUGAAAUUCCUCCAAGGCUUACAGGAUCGCUUCUCUAACUUAAGAAGCCAGAUCAUGUUGAUGGAUCCAUUUCCUACUGCAUUGAGAAUCUUCAACAUGGUGCAACAAGAAGAGGAACAACAAAAUAUCACUGUCAGACCUCUUCCAAAUAUUGAAUCUGCUGCCCUCAACAUCAACCGGCAUAAUCCACAGCCUGCUCGUCCAUCUCCGAGUCACAACAAACGUCCUCGACCAUAUUCCGACUACUGUAAUCGUCAUGGCCAUGUCCGUGACAAGUGCUAUCGUCUGCAUGGUUUCCCGUCAUCCUCUGCAACAAUGCCAGUUGAUGCUAACACUACAACUGUACCUUAG